AUGAAGUUUCAUUUGUUUCACAUUAUUACUUUUCUCAUGAUUGUGAUAGUGACAACUAAUGCUGAAAUAUUACCACCUCAACUUUACUGGAAGUCUGUACUCCCCAACUCUCCAAUGCCAAAAGCCAUCACUAAUCUACUUCACCCUAGUGGAUAUUGGAGUGAAGAGAAAGCAACAUGGGUGGAUGUAGGGAAGGGUGGUGUAGAUGUUGGAGUGAGAAAGGGCUACAAUGAAGGAGGUGGAAGUGAUGUGAAUGUUGGAGUUGGACAUUCUGAUUCUCCAUUUAAUUACCUUUAUGCAGCAAGGGAGACUCAAUUACAUGAUAAACCAAAUGUAGCACUCUUCUUUUUGGAAAAGGAGUUGCACCAUGGAACAAAGUUGAACUUGCAAUUCACCAAGACCACUUCAAAUAAUGAAGCUAUGUUCUUGCCUAAACAAGUUGCUAAUUCGAUACCCUUUUCAUCAAACAAGGUGGAAUACAUACUCAAUAAACUAAACAUCAAGAAAGGGACAAAGGGUGCUCAGAUUGUGAAGAACACAAUCAGUGAGUGUGAAGAACAAGGCAUCAAAGGAGAAGAAAAGCUUUGUGUUACAUCAUUGGAAUCUAUGGUUGAUUUCACUACUUCGAAACUUGGAAACAAUGUUGAAGCUGUUUCAACAGAAGUGAAAAAAUACAGCAGUGAAUUACAACAAUAUGUAAUAGCUAAAGGAGUGAAUAAAUUGGGAGAGAAGAACAAAGUUGUUGUGUGCCACAAAGAGAAUUAUCCUUAUGCAGUUUUAUACUGUCAUAAAACAGACAAAACUAAAGUUUACUCAGUGCCAUUGGAAGGUGUUGACGGAAAUAGAGUUAAGGCUGUUGCGGUUUGUCACACUGAUACAUCACAAUGGAAUCCUAAACAUUUGGCUUUUCAAGUGCUUAAAGUUAAACCAGGAACUGUUCCAGUUUGUCACUUCCUUCCACAGGAUCAUGUUGUUUGGGUUUCCAAGUAG